UCGGCGUUCCCACCAUUUUCUUCAUCAUCGUCAAAAUUAUCAUCGACAUCGUCAUGAGCCUUUGGUUUCUCUUGCAUAGUCAAUUGUGCUUGUUUCCUCUACGAGUGACUUGUAUUGAGAACAUGACUCGGUCAGAAAACAAGAUGGAGCUUCCUUUCCCCUCGAAUCAAACCGAAGUGGUUGGAGGGCCAAGUAAGGAAGCAACAGGGGUGCUCCUCUUUGUCAACAUUGCCGUCAGCUUUUUUGUUGGCGGAUUCCUACUUCCCAAACUCUAUGCCAAAUGCCGUCAAACCGAAAGGCCAAUCCAUCAUGAGGUUUCGUCGACUCGAGAACAAUUCCGCAAUGACAUGGAAAACGGCACGGGAGCCAAUCAAGGAGUUUGAUAGUAAACAGCCAUUAUUUACGUUAUCAGAGAACCCGUUCGUCAGCGCUAAAAGCCAUUUUUGAUAUGGUCGUCAAGGAUCUAAUUAACCGGAAAUUAAUAACUGGGACAGUUGCCGAUGUACAAACUCUACUGGAAAAUAUGUUUAAACCAAAAACACAUCAUUUUUUGCGGUAUAGAAAAAUUCUAGCAUCCCCAUCAAUAUUCCAGUAGUUCAUGCUUGAGGAUAAAUAUGAACCUUGGAAUAGACCAGUUUCAUGGAUGGAUAUGUGCCUUGUGUAGAUCUAAGCAUGGAGUCCACAUGACUUAGGGAAGCGAAAAGCGAAUAGUGUCAGAGGUGGAGGAGCAGGACCCAGAAAAAAUAUGAAAGAGUUAUAAAUAGUGCAUUGAAUAAUUAUUGCAAAUAAAAC